UCAGCCACACACUGUCGUCAAGCUGGUUGGUUGGCCUAUAAAAGGAGCGUCAAGGCUGCGUGCUUCUUUGUCCCAUCAGUAGUUCAUUCAUCUCAGCCACACUCUGUGUUUGCAUUUAGGUACAUAGCCACUCCACUCCUUGUGUACCCUUGAGCAGCGGGGCGAUGAGCAUGGAACCAUCGUCAUGGGUCGUACCUUGCGACUCGGGUUGGUCCAUGGAAGAAGCAGCAGCUGCGUGGAGUAGUGAUCAUAGGAUUAGCUUCCAAACAUCCUUGCCUAGCCAUAGUGAUAGCGGAAUGCAGCUGCAGGUUGUUGAGUAUGCAGCCCCACCCACAGCCACAGCCACAGCCACACACGAUAACGACUGUAGUUAUCCCAUCCAGGUGUUCGAGGAGGCAGUGCAACCGUUCCGUGCUGACUAUUUGGACAGUAUGGAACGGAAGAUGCACAAGUUCCCUCCAAGCCUGAUAGAUAUGGACGGCACACGGUACACCGCGCCGGUGAUUGUGGCCAUCGGCCCUUACCACCACGGUAAUUCCGACGUGUUGGAGGCUGAGAAGAUGAAGCAUGUGGCUGCCACCCAAUGCAUGAGGGAGUCGACCCGCUCACCCCAGGAGAUGUACAAUGCGGUCUUCUUCGUGUCACCCGACGCCCGCAACCUCUACUACCAGGACGAGGAGGAGUCGGCGAAAUUCGGCGACGACAACUUCCUGCCGAUGAUGUUCGUUGAUGCUUGCUUCUUGGUGCAGUUCAUGCGUUGGUAUGAUGUCAGCGAAGACGACAUGGAUGCAGCGCUGGUCAUCUAUUUUAACGCCAACUAUGAGCACAUCUGCACCGACAUCAUGAUGCUUGAGAACCAGAUCCCUUGGGUGGUGGUUGAAGCCAUCCUCGGGUGCAUGCCGCCUGCGCCCUCGCCCAGGCCCUGGGAGGCUUUCGCCAUUGCGAUGAGGAGAAGCCUGAAAAACCAAGCGGAUGACGCAAAAAGCAAGAUGGACGACACCGUCGUAGCCCGUCAAUAUGAACCGCCGCAUCUCCUCGGCCUCGUCUGGUUUUACAUCGUGGCAAAACACAAGAAGGAAGAUCUCCCCUCUGGAGACUGGCCCAUGUCAUAUUCUAUGACCGUCGCCGAACUUGCCGACAUUGGAAUCACGUUCAAACCCAAGAAGGAAACAGAAGUAGGACUAGUGGGCAUGGGCCUUGAGAAGAAACCCCCCAUCUUCCGCGCUAUCUCUGUGCAGCCUUUGUGCCUGACCAACACAAAUGCGACCUGGCUCAUCAACAUGGCGGCCUUCGAGUUAUGCAGCACCCCAGAUUUCGAAAAUAGUUAUGAUGAAAAUUCCGAUGUCUGCUCCUACCUCCAACUCUUCGGCAUGCUGCUGGACCAGAAGAAGCACGUGCAUGAUCUGCGAGAAAAAGAUGUCAUCCAAGGAGGAGGACUCACCAGCAAAGACACGCUCGAGUUCUUCACUCUCAUUGGGAAGAACAUGCGCAUCGGAAGGAGCUACCUCAGGCUAAUAAAGGAAAUCGAGAGAUUCAAGCAGAAGAGGCGAAUUAGCAUCAAGAUGUGGCUCUUCGGUAAGAAGCACGGCCGUACAAUCGCGGCAGUGAUCUCGGCCAUUGGUGUAAUUAUCGGCAUCUUGUCGUCGCUCCAAGCUCUCAAGCCACGCUAAGACGUACCAGACCUGAUUGUACUAGCAUUAUUUGCAUGUUCUACUUGUAUGCCUCUUACUAUUCGCAUUGUAAAGUUCCUUGUAUCUCAAUCCCCUAUUUCAAGUGAAAUUCAUUGUAUCUGUA